AGCUCUUUCUCUAGGGAAAGAUAAUUUUUCUUUCCCCACUUCUCUCUGCCCAUAUUGGUAAUAAUGUAUCAGUAAUGCCUUGAUUUUCGUUAUGGCUUAACUCCUGUUAGGUAGACAAAUGGUAGAUUAAUUUCGUCACCUGGUAAAACAGACUCAAUUACCUUUUAAAGGAAACUUCAAACUCAAAUUUAUAUUUAGGUAAUAGAUGGUUCAAAAACAAGAGGUCAAAGACGACACUCAUCUUCGUAUAACGUUUCAGAAUGAUGGGCAAUGGCAUUGUUAUGUUGAACAAUUAGCUAAAAAGGUUGACCGGCCUCGGUGAUAUCGUGGUUAAGCCAUCGGACUACAUGUUGGAUGAACUGGAUCUUCUUCCACAAGAUGGGUUGGCUGUGAAUCCAUUGCUGUAUGUUCCGCAGGGAGAAUGGAGCUAUGUGUCACACUCCGUCCUUCUGAACAACAUUUCGGAUUCAGUGAAUACACACCGCACCCUGAAGUUCAAGCUCAAGUUCGAGCGUCGCUGGUUGUUCUACAGCCAGUACCUUCUGCUUCCCAUCAUGUUGAACUCCGUGCUGAUGAUCUCCGUGUUCCUCGUGCCGCUAGACUCGGGGGAGAAGCUGGGCUUCUCUUUGACCGUUCUGCUGUCCUACGUGGUUCUCCUCACCAUAGUAACAGACAACCUGCCUCCCAUCUCUACCAAGACAUCAGUACUGCAGAUCUACCUCUCAAUCCUGAUGAUUCUCGGCACAGUUACAACACUGCUAAGCAUUUGGGUAUUGACUCUCUACAGCAAAGAUGAAACACAGCGAAUAUCGUUCUGUUUACAGAAAUUUACAGACUACGUUAUUGAACCCAUCACUUGCACGUCUUGUCAAAGCAAAAUUAGGCCUAGUGUGGGAAAUCGUACGCCUAACGAUUUAAAACCGCAAGACAAUGUUAUCAGAAAUGAUGAUAAAGAAAAUAUGAAAUUUGAAUACGAACGUCCGCAAGUAAUUCCUCCUUUAAAAGAGGAUGCUUGGAGUCCACAAAGAGACAAGACUCGAUCGUGCAAAGAAUUUGCAACUAUUCUCGACAUAUUCCUCUUCAGAGUGUCUUUGUUUGGCUUGUUUGUUCUUACACUGACCACCAUCUCAUUCUUUGUAAUUAAAACCUAGGAGUAUUUUGCAGCAUGCGAUGGAUUCUUCUGAAUUUGUCCAGUUAGCGGUAUCCAAGUAAAUGAAUACUGUGUAUUUCUUUUGUUUAACGACACGACUAUAGCACAUUGAUUAUUAAUCAUCGGUUAUUGGAUGUCAA